AUGGAGGCUGAUCCAAAGGUAGCGACAAACUACCACACACUUGAAGCGGAGGUUAUAGCGGAAUUAAGCACUAGAGACAGAUUUGCCCCAAUAGAAGAAAGGCAGGAUACUGGAGUUUUAGCUCUUGAUGUCAUUUCUACAAUAAGUCAUGGUAAUACCUUAUGAAAAGGGAACAAAUGCCAUGUAUAUUUGGGUUACGUUCUUUGACAAAAACUUCACUAGUAGAGGAUGUAUGCGUUGCGGGCUGUCCAAAUGCAAAUUAGUCAGAAAUAUUUCUUUUACUGAUCAUUUGCCUUAAAUGCAAACUUUUAUGCUUCGUCCCUUGCUUUUUCUUAAUUUGUUUUUCUGUUUUCUUUCUUUAUCUAUCAGUCUGUCAUUCAUUUGUAUCUGACUUUUCCUUCAGUUUCUAUUGACAUUUCUUCCAUUUUCACUCUUCCUACAAUGAUUUCGGACUAAAUCUGGGACACGUUAUCUUAUUUGAAAGGUCGCCAGAAGCUGGUCUUAUCAGACAUUGAGGUACAGCUGACGUCUAUAAAAAUAAACUGGUUACUUGAGAAAUAUGUAGUGUCUUUUAAAAGAGCGAGCAGCCGCUAAAUUAUUUCAGAAUCAUCAAAUUGUGAAUUCAUUUUCAAGGGAGGAGGGGGGCGGGGGGGGGGACCAGGGGGACCCCAAACUAGCUUUAAGAAUUCGGCAACAGAGUACAGCGUCGUUUGAAACCCAGCGAGGCGAAGAUUCCGGUUGCUCAGGGUCCGUCUAGUCAGGUGAGGCAAAUCAGGCAGCAUUGAUGUAACAUCUGUAACAUCUGUAAACCUGAAGAAGGCUGGUUUGGCCAGCCGAAAUAUUGUUAUGAAAAAACAAUACACGUUGUUCUGAAUCAGCUUUGCAGUAGUCUUUAGACUUCUCGUUUUGGUUCAUUAUAUUUUGGCUUAUUAGAUCUAUUCAACGUUUACAACUAGCAGGAUCUUCGUCCACGGUUUUUGCAGUUAAUUUAAUCUUUUAGCAUUGAUGUGGUUCAUUUCGCUAACCCAGUGUCUUUGUAUUUUUUUCCCCUUUGUUUGAUUCGUUACAAUAGCCCAUUACAAUAAAAUAAAAAAUAACAUAGUUCAGAAACCUAUGUUUCUGCGGAGUUGUUUAGUUCUGAGCAAAGCAUUUGAGACGGUUGACACGCAGGUUGGACUCGCCAAUUCUUCAGACACAUGUCCAGAAGGACGAUCACAGAUAUCUUUUUGUCAUCCAUGUUCUUUUAGAUUUCGUCGAAGAAAUAAAGUAGGUCGGUUUAAGUUGAGCGAAAUUUCUUAUCACCCGUUUAAGCGUAAAAAUUUUUCAUUUUGAUCUAGAAACUUAAGAAAAUGCGAAUUUAGUUACAUUGGUCAUCACGUGUUUGCUGACCAAUAAGGUUCACGUUUUAACUGUGACCUCAAGUAGCUGAUCUCUAAGAAACACCGUUUGGGCCUAGGAUUUAACUUUCUUGCCUUCCUUAGUCUGCUUCACAUUUAAACUGAUCAAUUUCGCGUAUUUUUUAAGGAAAAUAUCAAACCUUUUGGCGUGGAGUAUCACUAAUGAAAGAUCCCUUGGAUCAAACGAUUCUCCAACAGUUGCUAUGGGAACUAAAGCCUCGAACUGUUAUUGAGUUUGGCGCCUAUAAAGGAGGCUCCGCUUUAUGGAUAGCAGACAUGUUAAAGCUGUUCGGUUGUCAGUCUCGAGUUGUAUCUAUUGACAUGGACCUGUCCUUACUCGAUGCUGAAGUUCGCAAGUCUUCAGAUGUGGAGUUCAUUCAAGGCGACUCAUUUCAAGUAGAGAAAGUUUUAUCAAGCACGUUUCUGGAAUUAAGUUAACGAAACGGUGCGCUAUCUUUUGCUCUGCCAUGUGUACUACUUUAAACUAAUCAUGAUUGGUUUUUAACUCGUGGAUACGCUAACUGUAGAAACGGGUUCUUAUAAACAGUGCCAAUCGACCCCAAUGUUGCCAUCCUAAGUUACCACGAAAAAUCGGCUUUUCUAAUCUGAGAAACAAGGAUAAUUCUAACAGAAUUGGUAAAUUGUUUCUGUUUAACAAAUAGAUAUCAUGUUGUCGUGCGUCUCUUCAGUUAUAGAUCACAGAUGACCUCAAAAUGUGGUAAAAACCAAAAAAGUGACACACGAGCUUCAGGCGAGUGUGUCACAGCUGUUUUACCACAUUUUGGCGUCUUCUGUAGUGUUGAAAAACAAUAAUUUAAAAUUCUGUCUGAAGCUGGAAUUAUUCCUCGUCUAUAUCAUUUCAACGUAUCAAAAGGGACGUUUUCUUUUGUCAUCUGAUUUUGAAUGUAAAUGUUGCAGUGAAAUAACAUCCUUACUAAACGGUAAAUCAAAUUAUAAUUCCCCUUGUUUUACAUUCAUGUUCAUACAUAAUCAUGUCCAGAAAAUGGAAUAAGGAGACUAUAGACUAUUUUACAGUUGUGAGCUUAGUAUCCUAGCCCUCGAGUGAACGUGAGGCUGAGGUUCACCUUCCGUUGAUACAAACCUCUUUCCAGUUUUCUUAUGGAAAUUAUGCUUAAAAAAUACCAGUUAGCACUUGAUUAAGAACAACACGAGUUACAUAAUAAAGCGGAAAGGGUUGCAUCAAAACGAGGUCAACUCGAGCUUCGUUUCCUUCUGCAGCUCUAAAAUGGUCUAUUGAACCACAGUAUGCACAUUUUAAAAAAUGACCAAAUUUGCUUUCCUUGAUGAUUAUAUUGUUAACAAUAGUUUUUCCAAAGAUGUCACAUUAUUUAACAGAAUUUGCAUCAUCCUUGGCUCUUGAUGGAAGACGCGCACGUGAACUUGGUUAGAGUGUUGGAGUAUUUGGACAAGUUCAUUGAACCUGGCGACUAUAUCUGUGUUGAAGAUUCGAAUCCUCUGGCUCCUGGGGCAGGGCAAGGUCUUGUGAAGAAGCGCGGUUAUAAAGCGUAUGGUCCAAGCAAGAUGAAUGAACUCAGGAAAUUUUUGACUGGUCGUUCCGAUAGAUAUCUUGUUGAUCAGAAAUACACCGAUUUCUUCGGGUAAGAAACAAAAUUGUCUGCGAAGGUGGUUUUCCUUCUAAUCGCUGGAAGCUCGUGUGGUUUUUGUAGAAGCAAACAGGCCUACUUAAAUCCCAUUUUUCCCCCAGUAUAAUGAAAUUGUUUUACCUAAGAAAUGCUGCAAGCGACGCUGUAUUUGAGCUGUGCGUGUUUAGAGAUAUUUGGGAGUUCGACAUGCUGCCCCAGGAUUAAGUCCCGUUCGUCAUUAAGCUCAGGUGCUGUCUGAAGAUUACGAAAACAGACUUACUUUUUUCGCAAUUUAUUUACAUAAAAAGACCAGCAAGCUACAGCAGUUAAAAGAGAUGCAGUACUCUUAAGUAGAUAUGUGGGCGGGAUCCUCGUUGUCAAUGAAAGAUAUACGAAAGAUGUACCCUUUCUAUCAAAGAAGGUAUAUUUAAAAGGAUACGGGUUUGAACCUGGGGGCGGAGCAUAACCUAAUUAACCUUUGUUGAGUGCGGGACCGUACGGUUGUGGGGGCACUCCCCUAUUUAUACUUUAUUCAACUCACUCUAAAAUGGGCACGGUCGGGAUCAACUUUGAUUGUCCGUCUUAGAGAGCUGUCUGGAUUAUAUAGGGGAUCAUUUUCUCAAUCAGAGUAAAAUCAAAAGCUUAUUACAACCAAAUGUUAACGGCUUAGAACUGAUCUCACCAUGCAUUAUGAGUGGUGUCUCCGGUACGCGUUUGUGGUUGAAAACGAAAAUUAUGGUUCUAAUAACAGAAGAUUGGCUGGAAACUGAAAUCAUUAUAACAGUAUUGAAUAAAACGCCAUAAAUAUAGGAGUCACAUACUUCGACUUGUAUGCUUCCUUAAAUCGUAAGUUAGGUACGGUCUUAUCAAGCACCUACAUUUCCAAUUUAAGGUAUUCUUCACUACAUAAAGCACAAGUGUCCUUUGACGGUUUCCAAAGUAUCUGUUGUCCGUUUUAGAGAGGUUUCCGUCUUAUAGAGAGUUCAGUUGCAGUAAAAUGACGACAAAAAAGCAGGGAUUAACACCACGCGUCCGUCUUAUAUAGAAGUGUCCAGUAAGAGAGAUCAAAGAGUUGACUGUGUAUAGAUUCGUGCAGCGGUGAGCUUAAUUAAAUGAGUUAAUGUUGAAACCGUUUGACCCGAUAAACAGAUUUCAUAUUCUCUUGGAUUAGUUAACCAUUCACAAUCUAUGUCGUUGUAGUUUAUCUUUCGUCCACCUUACUUUGUAUUUUUUUUAAACUCACACAGGUACAACGCCACUUGGAAUAUGAAUGGUUAUCUGAAGAGAGUUUAGCAAUGUGUCCUCGAUGAUUUAUCAUUGUUUUGUUGUUGUUGCUGUUUUCAUGGAUGGAAAAUAAUUUCCAAGAGACUGUAAAACAGCGAAAAACUGUAGCAUUUUAUUCUUUUUAUAGCGUUUUUUUGCCUUUGAAUACUCCCAGGAGAACAAUAUUACCUGAUUUCCUGAACAAUAUUCCUUCAUUCUUAAGUUCUCUCAAACAAAUCUGCCUAUUGACUAUUUGGAUGUUCUUGAUUACUAAACUAUUAAAACAACUUCAGAAGGUCUGGAACUUUUUCUGUGUAACUUUUAUUUCAAAUAGAGUCUUAAUUUACGUAGUUAUAUAAUUCUUAGUUUUUAUCCAUCGACAUUGUACAUAGUUUUUAUAUUUUUCUGAUAGUUGAUCUGUUAUACUUAUUUUUUCCUUUAACUGUUAAUUUUUUAGUUCCCCAGGGCACCCAUUUAUAACAGCUUCAGAUGACGGGUUUACCCUG